UCUCUUAUUGAAGCAAAGACAAGCCCCCUGGAUGCUGGACCAAGAAAGCCUGAGGAGCUGCUCUCCAGGCCACCAUCCAUAAGUCCCUUUGACUUUACUUUGAGAGAAAUCUGUGUUACGCAAGAGAAAAGUCAAACUGAUAAGACACCUUAUGAAUGUAACCAGUGUGGAAAGGCUUUUAGAUGCAAGAGAAGUCUUUAUGGACAUCAGGAAAUCCACACUGGACGGAAAUCUUAUGACUCGGUGACAUUCAGGGAUGUGGCUGUGGACUUCACCCAGGAGGAAUGGGGCCUCUUGGACCCUCCUCAGAGGGAGUUGUACAAGGAAGUCAUGUUGGAGAAUGCCCGGAACCUGCUGUCCCUGGGGCUUCCAGUUCCCAGAGAAGAUGUGAUCUCGUAUUUUAAGCAAAGACAAGUACCCUGGAUGCUGGACCAAGAAAGCCUGAGGAGCCGCUCUCCAGACCAAGAGAUCAGCAUUGAAAGGAAUGACACUAUAGAGGAGAUAAGCCUUUCUGUGGGAGAACCUCACGGGCCACCAUCUAUACGUCCAUGUCACUUCACUUGGAGAGAAAUCUGUGUUACACAAGAGAAAAGUCAAACUGAAAAGAAAUGUUAUGAAUGUAACCAGUGUGGAAAGACUUUUAGAAAAAAGGCAUUUCUUAUUAUACAUGAGAGAAUCCACACAGGAGACAAACCUUAUGAUUGUAACCACUGUGGAAAGGCUUUUACAACCAAGGGAAAUCUUACUUUACAUCAGAGAAUCCACACUGGAGAGAAACCUUACGAAUGUCACCAAUGUGGAAAGGCUUUUACAACCAAGGGAAAUCUUACUGAACAUCAGAGAAUACACACUGGAGAGAAACCUUAUGAAUGUAACCAGUGUGGAAAGGCUUUUAACAGCAAGAGGGAUCAUAUUGUACAUCAGAGAAUCCACACUGGAGAGAAACCUUAUGAAUGUAACCACUGUGGAAAGGCUUUUAGCAGCAAGGGACCUCUUAUUAGACAUGAGAGAACCCAUACUGGAGAAAAAUCUUAUGAAUGUAACCAAUGUGGAAAAGCUUUUAGCAGCAAGAGGGAUCAUAUUGUACAUCAGAGAACCCACACUGGAGAGAAACGUUAUGAAUGUAAACACUGUGGAAAGGCUUUUGUAAGCAAGAGAAAUCUUAUUGAACAUCAGAGAAUCCAUACUGGGGAGAAACCUUAUGAAUGUAAACACUGUGGAAAAGCUUUUAGAAGCAAGGCACAUCUUCCUGAACAUCAGAGAAUACACACUGGAGAGAAAUCUCAUGAUUGUAAGCACUGUGGAAAAGCUGUUAGAAGCAAGGCACAUCUUAUUGCGCAUCAGAGAAUCCACAAUGGAGAGAAACCUUAUGAAUGUAACCACUGUGCAAAGGCUUUUAGAAGCAAGUCACAUCUUAUUGCGCAUCAGAGAAUCCACACUGGAGAGAAACCUUAUGAAUGUAAAUACUGUGGAAAGGCUUUUACAAGGAAGGCACAUCUUAUUGUGCAUCAGAGAAUCCACACUGGAGAGAAACCUUAUGAAUGUAAAUCCUGUGGAAAGGCUUUUACAAGGAAGGCACAUCUUACUGAACAUCAGAGAAUUCACAAUAAUGGAGAGAAACCUUAUGAAUGUAACCACUGUGGAAAGGCUUUUAGAAGUAAGGGAAAUCUUACUGAACAUCAGAGAAUACACACUGGAGAGAAAUCUCAUGAUUGUAAUCAAUGUGGAAAGGCUUUUAAAACCAAGAGUGAACUUAUUAGACAUGAGAGAAUCCACACUGGAGAGAAACCUUAUAAAUGCAUCCAGUGUGGAAAGGCUUUUAGCAGCAAGGGAUAUCUUAUUAUACAUGACAGAAUCCACACUGGAGAGAAACCUUAUGAAUGUGACCAGUGUGAGAAGGCUUUUACACAAAAGGGAGCUCUUACUGUACAUCAAAGAAUCCACACUGGGGAGAAAUCUCAUGAUUGUAACCAAUCUGGAAAGGGUUCUAGAAACGAGGGAGAUUUUAUUAUACAUGAGAAAACCCACACUGCAGAGAAACCUUAUGAAUGUAUCCAGUGUGGAAAGGGUUUUGGCAGCAAGGGAAAUCUUAAUAUACAUCAGAGAAUCCACACCGGAGAGAAACCUUAUGAAUGUAUCCAGUGUGGAAAGGCUUUUAGCAGCAAAGGAUAUCUUAUUAUACAUGACAGAAUCCACACUGGAGAGAAACCUUAUGAAUGUAACCAGUGUGAGAAGGGUUUUGGCAGCAAGGCAAAUCUUAAUAUACAUCAGAGAAUCCACACUGGAGAGAAACCUUAUGAAUGUAAUCAGUGUGGAAAGGCUUUUAGAGACAAGGGAACUCUUACUGUACAUCAGAGAAUCCACACUGGAGAGAAACCAUAUGAAUGUAAUCAGUGUGGAAAGGCUUUUAGAACGAAGCGAUAUCUUACUGAACAUCAGAGAAUCCACACUGGAGAGAAACCUUAUGAAUGUAACCAGUGUGGAAAGGCUUUUAGAAGGAAGGGAGAGGUUACUGAACAUCAGAGAAUCCACACUGGAGAGAAACCUUAUGAAUGUAUCCAGUGUGGAAAGGGUUUUAGAGGCAAAGGAGAGCUUACUGUACAUCAGAGAAUCCACACUGGAGAGAAACCUUAUGAAUGUAACCAGUGUGGAAAGGCUUUUAGAAGGAAGGGAGAGCUUACUGAACAUCAGAGAAUCCACACUGGAGAGAAACCUUAUGAAUGUAUCCAGUGUGGAAAGGGUUUUAGCCGCAAGAAAAAUCUUAUUAUACAUGAGAGAAUCCACACUGGGGAGAAACCUUAGGAAUAUAACCACUGUGGAAAGGCUUUUAUAUGAAAGGACUGUCUUAUUCUCCAUAAGAGAAUCUGCACUUUGGAAAAUCCUUAAUGAAUGUAACUAAUGUGGAAACUUUUAAGUUUCCAGAGAAGUCUUUAUGGACAUCAGAAAAUCCUCAUUGGAGGCUAAUUUUAUGUAAGUAAUUCAUAUGGAAAGGGUUUUGUAGAAAAAUCUAAUUGCUUUUUGCCAGAUUUGUGAAGAAAUGUAAAGGCGUUAAAAUAAGGAGAAAAAUGAAUUUGGUAGAGAACACUGGGACAGAACAGCCUACAGAAGUCAACCAGAUUCCUUAUAUGAGAAGGUCUUUCUUCUCAUGACUUGUAGAGCUUUGGGCUUUUCUGCAUUGAAUUGUUCAAUGUCAGUGGUACUGGCUUUGGAGUCGGCAACCAUGGGUUUUUUUCUCGCAAGAAUGUAUAAUAAACUUUCUUAGCUGCCUUUUCCAUAGUGGAAAGAGGGCUGUGGGGAUAGAGAAAGCAUCAUAACCUAGUAUUUCACCUUUUUUUUUUUUUUUUUUUUUUGUAGUUUGCUU